AUUACUAAACAAUCAUUCAUAGAUGAAUAAUAUUUAGUGACUUGAAAGUUGAGUUAUUCGUUAAAAAAGAGCACAAUCUUACCAGUGUACUACACAGUCAACUCUAAGUUAAUUUAGUUUGACUCCCAAGAGAAAGUCAAGUAAACAGCAAUAUGAAAACCAAGUACAAUUGAUGAUACAGAACAUUAAUUCAAAUAACAAGAAAUUAAUUACCAACAAAGAAAAACAUUAAUUAUUAUUAUUUUUUCUUUCAAAAAUAGAACAUAAACAUAAUUCAUAAUCAGCUAAUGAAUUACACAUUCAUCAGUAUUUUUCCAUCAUUCACAACAAGUAUAAUAGCAUUAUUAGCAACAACUAUAUCAACUGCUACACUUGGUGGUAAUAUUAUAGUAUUAAUUGCAUUUUUUAUUGAACGUUCAUUACGUAUACCAAGUAAUUAUUUUAUAGCAUCAUUAGCUAUGACUGAUGUAUUAAUUGGUUUAUUUUCUAUGAAUUUAUUUAUUACAUAUCAAUUACUUGGUUAUUGGCCAUUAGGUUAUUUAAUUUGUGAUUUAUGGUUAUCAUUAGAUUUUUCAGCAUGUCUUACAAGUCAAUAUACUGUAUUUUUAAUUACAUUAGAUCGAUUUUGUUUAGUGAAAAUACCAGCAAAAUAUCGUAAUUGGAGAACAUAUAAUAAGGUACGAAUAAUGAUUUGUAUAAGUUGGAUAUUUCCAGCAACAUUAUUCACAUUACUUAUAUUUGGUUGGUCAUAUAUAACUGGUGAAACACAACGUGAUAUCACUAAAUGUGAUGUAUCAUUUACAUAUUAUCCAAUAUUUAAUACAACAUUAACUAUAGGCUAUUUUUGGAUUACAUUAAUUAUUAUGUGUAGUUUAUAUGUUGGUAUUUAUAAAGUAGCACGUAGAUUACAAAAAAAAUCAUUAGAAAGUAAUAAACGUUUAGUACAAUUUUUAACAAAAAUUGAUCAAGAUUCAAUACAUUCACAAAGUAAUCAAAAUUCAUUAGAUGAUAAUAAUAAUAAUGAUAAUGAUAAUAAUAAUGAUAAUAAUGAUCGGAAACAUUCCAAAUCAAAAAUUAUUAAAGAAAAUAUGAAACGGUAUCGUGAUCGAACAAAUAAACAUUUUUAUUAUGAAUCUAAAUCAAAUCAUAAUCAAUCAUUUGAUGAUGUCAUAGAUUGUAAUUUGACAUUCAAUGAAAAAUGUAAAUAUGAUCCAAUUCAACAAAAUUUAUUAACAACGGUUAAUAAUAAUCAACAUAACUCAUUCAAAGAAUCAUCUUUCAUAGAAAUUAAUUCAAAAUGUAAUUAUCCUAUAAGCAAUAAUAAUACAAAUAAAUCUCAUUUUGAAUAUGGAAGUGAAACUAGUGGUUGUUCAACAUUUUAUCCAACAAAUAAUAAUAGUACUGAAAGUAAAACACAAUUAUCAUCAAUCAUUGAAAGAUCACAGUUACUUCCAACGAUAGAUAUAACAAAAAAAUAUGAAGAUAUAAAAUAUAAAAUUUCUAAAAAUGAAUCAUUAUCAUCUAUAUCUGAUGAAUAUUUAACAUUAUCAUCUGUAAAUGUUUAUAUACCAUCACCAAAAGUUCCUAUCUCAUCACCAAUUCAAAGUAAUCAAUCAAUAUCUUCAAAAUAUAUAGAAUCAGAUAAUAGUUCCCCGGUAUGGAUUAAAAAAGAUGCUUAUUAUGAUUCUGGUUUAAAUUUAUAUGUAUAUGAUAUAUGUCCACAAUUAAUGAAAUGUCAAACAUUUAUUCAUGAUGGAAAUAUGUGUCAACAUAGUAUUUAUUUAUCAGAUUCAACCUCAUGGAAUCAAUGUAUUCAAUCAUGUUGUCUGUUAGAAAAAUGUGAAUAUUCAGAUUAUACAACAUCAAGUGAUGAUCCCAGUUCAACAUUAUAUAAUCAAUCAAUAAUUAAUGAUCAUUGGUGUUUACGUUUUAUGGAUAAAUGGAAUAAAUCUAAACGGAAUCGAACUAUUAAAUCACCUUGUUUAUUCAAUCAAAUAAAACAUAAUUCAUUAUUAUGGUAUAAAUCUAAUGAUAAAUCAUAUUUAACUGAAUAUCAACUUAAUUCUAAUGUUAAUCCUAAUCAAGAAAUAUGCCCAUUUUGUCAAAUAUAUAAAGAUAAUAAUAAUAAUAAUAAUAAUAAUAAGUUUAUUCAACAAGAUAAAUCAAAACAAAAAUCUGGAUUUCAACUAAUAGUAGAACAGAUCAAAUUCAAAGUUCAAUAUUAUUGUUGUAGUUGUUGUUGUAUUCUAUCAUCCAAACAUGUAAAUAUUCCUUUAAAUAAUAAUCCAAUACAAAUUCAAUCGAAUAGUACAACCAAUAAUAGUAAAACUAUACAUAGUAGUAGUAAUAAUAAUAGUGAUAAUGAUUGUAUAACACAAUAUAAUCAAUUAAAAAUUAAACAUAAUAAAUUAUCAAUUAAAGAUAAAUAUAAACAACAAAUUAAUUCACAACAACAACAACAACAACAAUUACAACAUAGAAAAUCAUCAACAACAACAACAAUAACAACUAAUAAACGACAAACAACUUUUUCAAUAUUUCAAUCAUUAUCUAAUAUUGAUAUGCAAAAUCGUAAACAUGCAUGUAAAGCAUUAAAAACAAUUAGUCUUAUAUUAGGUGCAUUUAUGAUAUGUUGGACACCAUAUCAUAUUAUUGUAUUAAUUAAAGGAUUUUGUGAUGAUAUUAAUACGCAUAAAAGUUGUGUAAAUAUUCAUUUAUAUAAUCUUUCUUAUUGGUUAUGUUAUAUGAAUUCACCAAUUAAUCCAUUUUGUUAUGCAUUAUCAAAUAUUUCAUUUAGGCGAACAUUUUUUCGAAUAUUACGUUGUGAUUUUCAAAAAAGAUAA